AGAAAAACCCAAUUCUAACAUCGGACCAUCAAACCCAGGUCGGAGCUCUUUCUUUCCCCGGUCCUGAUCAUGAAGUUUGAAAACCUAGAGCCGUACAGCUCUCUCUCAAAACCUCACUUAAAACCUCCAUUUCCAUUUUCAAUUUCUACUCUUUUUUUUUUUUUUUUAAAGAAAUAACAAUAAAAAAUGGCAAUUUUUGGAUCAAGAAGAUUUCUGUCACGAAGCUUUUGGAGCCUUUCUCCUCAUCCAUUACGUGUUUGCAUCGUUGGAAGCGGUCCCGCCGGCUUCUACACCGCCGAAAAGAUGUUGAAGGCGCAUCAAGGAUCACAAGUUGACAUCAUCGACCGAUUACCUACGCCCUAUGGAUUGGUACGCUCCGGCGUUGCACCUGAUCAUCCUGAAACUAAGAAUGUGAUUAACCAAGUCUCUCGGGUCGCGCAAAAUGGGGGGUGCUCGUUUUUAGGAAAUAUCGCUCUUGGAUCUUCCGUUUCUCUCGCGGAGCUUCGGGAGCUUUACCACGUUGUGGUGCUGGCUUAUGGCGCGGAAAGUGAUAGAGUUCUAGGCAUUCCAGGGGAAGAUCUGAAAGGGGUACAUUCAGCUAGAGAGUUUGUUUGGUGGUAUAAUGGGCACCCUGAUGGAAGAAACCUGAACCCUGACUUGAAGAGCACUGAUACGGCUGUUAUACUUGGUCAGGGAAAUGUAGCUCUUGAUGUCGCUCGUAUCCUUCUACGACCAACAUCUGAACUGGCAACCACAGAUAUUGCCAGCUAUGCUUUGACUGCUUUGGAGCAAAGCUUUAUAAGGAAAGUAUAUAUGGUUGGAAGACGUGGACCAGUCCAAGCAGCUUGUACUGCAAAGGAGCUCCGGGAAGUUCUUGGUAUUAAAGAUUUAUGCAUUCACAUAAAGGAAGCAGAUUUGAAGAUAACCCCAACAGAUGUGGAAGAAAUGAAAAACAGUCGUAUUCACCGGAGGAUUUAUGAUUUACUCUCUAAGGCAGCCGUUGCUGGACCUUCCGAACCUAGUUCAGGUCGACGUGAACUUCAUUUUGUUUUCUACCGUCAGCCUGCUAGAUUUCUAGAAUCAUUUGACAAAAUGGGAUAUGUUUCUGGGGUACACCUUGAGAAGACAGCUCUAAAAGGUACUGGCCCUGGAAAACAGAUUGCCGUGGGUACCGGACAAUCUGAAGAUCUUUCUUGUGGGAUUGUUUUAAAGAGUAUUGGCUAUAAAUCAGUGCCGGUAGAUGGUUUGCCAUUUGAUAAUCCAAAAGGUGUGGUUCCUAAUAUUAAAGGUCGAGUUCUAAGUGAUAAUUCAGGAGAUCCUACAUUACUUGAGAAUGGCUUGUAUGUCUGUGGAUGGUUGAAAAGAGGACCAACAGGCAUUAUUGGUACGAACCUUUACUGUGCCGAGGAAACUGUUGCAAGCGUUUCAGAAGAUCUUGAACAUGGAGUCUUAGCAUCAACAGCCAGCUUGCCGAAACCUGGAAGAGAUGGACUCCUCCAGAUUCUGGACAACAGAAAUGUCAGAGUUGUACAAUUCAGUGCUUGGGAAAGGAUUGACGAGGAAGAGAAGAGACUAGGGAGUUUGAGAAAUAAACCCAGAGAAAAAUUGACCACAUGGGAAGAGCUACUGAAGGCUGCCUCUGAAUGAAUUAGCACUUUCUCUAGAAAAGCACGCAUCCUUUCACGUAAACUUUUAUGCCAUAAGAUUCAUUUUGGUGAAAAGGUAAACGGAGAAAUCUGUUGUGCCUUAUUUAAGAAAGGAAAAUAAAUUCUAUUGUAAUUGCCCCUUGGAAUUUGUUGGGCUUAAAGGGAAACCGGUUUUUCAUUUUUACGUAGCCUUUUUGAAACAAAACAAAAAAUGAUGUGAGAGGGCAGAAAAUGAAAUCCCUCAACCUACAGCCAUUACAUUGAAUUGUUAAAUGAAAUUUGAACUUUGAAGUUUAUUCCGAAUUAUAUAUGGAUUUUUCGUGUACAAAAUUGUCGACUGGUCUCUUGCUUGCUGAAGGUAAGAACUUGCCAUCCAGGUUAACGAGGGGUUGUUCCAUGGCCAAUUUGAGAUGGUCCUUUAUUGGACCA